ACUUAAUUCCUUCAUCCAAUCCGACCUCAUGCAUAUGUACCAGCCACAUGGCUGGAGCAAACUAUACAUAUUUCUUAGAAUUCCUCCUCCUGGGCCUUUCAAAAGAUGCAGAACUGCAGCCCCUUCUUUUUGGACUGUUCCUGUCCAUGUACCUGGUCGCUGUGCUCGGGAACCUGCUCAUCAUCCUGGCCGUCAGCUCUGACUCCCACCUCCACACCCCCAUGUACUUCUUCCUCUCCAACCUGUCCUUUGUGGACAUCUGUUUCACCUCCACCACGGUCCCAAAGAUGCUGCUAAACAUCCAGGCACAUAGCAAAGGCAUCUCCUAUGCAGGAUGCCUCACUCAGGUAUACUUUUCAAAUAAUUUUGCUAUAAUGGAUGAUUUCCUUCUGACUGUGAUGGCCUAUGACCGCUUUGUGGCCAUCUGCUACCCACUGAAAUACACAGUCAUCAUGAACCCUCAGUUCUGUGGCAUUUUAGUUCUGCUCUGUUGGAUCAUCACGUCCUGGGUUUCACUGAUCCACCUUCUACUGAUGAAGCAUCUCGCUUUCUCCACAGUCACCGAGAUUCCCCAUUUCUUCUGUGACCUGGCUCAGGUUCUCAAGGCAGCCAACUCCAGUACCCUUGUCAAUGCCAUCUUUGUAUAUGUGACGACUGCACUGCUGGGUGUACUGCCUGUCACAGGGAUCCUCUACUCUUACUCUCAGAUUAUCUCUUCCUUACUGAGAAUGUCCUCCGCUGCAAGCAGGUAUAAAGCAUUUUCCACUUGUGGGUCUCACCUGUGCGUGGUGUCCUUGUUCUAUGGGACAGGAGUUGGGGUGAACCUCAGCUCUGCUGUGACCCAUUCUUCUCGGGCAAGCAUGAUCGCCUCUGUGCUGUACACGGUGGUGACCCCCAUGCUGAACCCCUUCAUCUACAGCCUGAGGAACAAGGAUGUGAAGGGGGCCCUGGACAGACUCCUCAGCAGAGCAGCCUCUUCUCUGAUUGACCACUGAACUCAGAUGUUACGCACAUUGUGCAGUAGCUAUGACUUUUAAAUAUACCUUGCUCUCGCCAUUCCCUAAAGCCUUGCUUUUGUAUAUUUGGAUAUUUAUUUCUCUGCAAGAAUUCUCAUUAUUUUCCUUGUAACUCCCUAACUUUCCUUUUAACCUUGUAACUUUUAUUAUAAGUAAUCCAUAAGGUUUCAAAUUCCCAUCUCUUUUUAUAUGCUACAUAUAUAUUUUCCCACAUCAACUUAAAGA